CCCUCUGCGGCUGGUGCGAAGCUUUGUCCUUAAGCUUCUGUUCUAUUUUUCGGUAAAAAGAGAGGAGGGGAUCCGCCAAAGAGGACGAGAUUCGCCGUCUCGUCUCCUUUUCUUUCUCCUUCUUUUCCUCUAUUAUGCCUUUCUCUUUGCCUUCUGACCUAAUUUUUCCCCUCCUCGGCUGCUCGAUUUCUCCUCCUCCUCUCUCUCUUCAUCCCUCGUUUCCAUCAUCUCUUCUAGUUUAGUCUCAUGUAAGAUCGUCCCUUCCCCUCUUGUUUUGUCCAAUUGAUUCGCUGUGUUCUGGAGAGGUGUUUCGGUUUGAUGUCUUUUUUUCUCCAUUUUGUUCCGUUUCUGCGCUAAUUUGUUUUUGUUUUCGUAAAUCUGUGGGAUUUGUUGAUAAGAAUUUGUCUUUGGAUUGUAGAGUUACUGUUGGAUUUCGGUGUGCAAGUGUGGGAAUCUUGUGAUGCUUCUUUUCCUUGCUUCAUCUCCACGAUCUGUCAAUUUUGACGAGUCGGAAUUCGCUUUCGCUUAUCUAAUUCGCUGUAUGCUUCUUCCAUCGGACGUUUUCUUAUUAUUUCGAUCCUCGCCGUUCAAUUGCCUGGAAGCCUUGGCAUCAAAUUUGCAAUUUUUUGACUCAAAAUCAGCGCUGAAUGCUUCUUUCUUGUUGAAGCAUCCGUUCCUGGUGAAUUUCGAUUCACUAAUUGCCUGACGCAAGCAUCUUUGGGAUGAAUUGGUGAUUGGCUUCUGGUAUUUCAUCUCCUGUUGUUGGCAAAAUUCUAGUUUUGGAGCCGAGGAGAGGAUAGGGUUUUGUUUGGGGUUAAGGGAGUUCAAGGAAAAUAAAGCUUCAAAUGGCAGACCGCAAAAGUACAUUCUCGAUUGAAGAGCUGCCGGCACACCUAAUUCUCGAGAUAUUGAGCUCAGGCCGUCUUGGUGCUGCUGACCUGGCGUGCUUGGAAACAACAUGCCGGAUGUUCAGGGGAAGCCAUGAGAUUUUGCCCAACAAAUUCCGGUCGAUGGUUGAAUUUGCGGCAUUCCACAUCUGCCGGGCACACUCGAUUUUUACUUCCCUGCAUCCAAAUGCACGAAAAGAUCUUCUUGAUCGAUGUGGUGGAAACUGGAAGAAGGUUCUGAGGUUCUUGCAGUCUGUGGAGCAGUCUUCUGGAACCGUUGAGACAUCAGCAGGCAAUAUGCAGGUUACUACAGGAAGAUACCAUACACUCUUAAUUCAUGAUUCAUCAGUCUACUCUUGUGGAUCCAGUAUAUGUGGAGUGCUCGGUCAUGGUCAAGAUACUACUCAGUGUGUGUCAUUUAGCCGUGUUAAUUUUCCCUCCCUCUCUCGUGUAAUCCAUGUUUCAGCCUCUCACAACCAUGCAGCAUUUGUUAUGCAGUCUGGAGAGGUGUUUACUUGUGGUGAUAAUUCAUCAUUUUGUUGUGGCCAUGGAGAAGUGGGGCACACUAUAUUCAGGCCUACUCGUAUUGAAGCACUGAAGGGGAUUCCCUGCAUGCAGGUUGCCACUGGGCUGAGUUUCACUAUAAUACUUACAAGGCAAGGUCAAGUUUACACAUGUGGAAAUAACGCACAUGGCCAGCUUGGACUUGGUGAUACUAUAGACAGACCUACUCCAAGAAAUGUUGAGCUGUUUGAAGGUCUUGGUCGUGUAGUUCAGGUUGCUGCAGGUGCAAGUUACACCUUUGCUGUAACAGAUGAUGGGACAGUUCAUUCUUUUGGUUCUUGUGCCAAUUUUUGCUUAGGCCAUGGUGAUCAACAUGAUGAACUUCUUCCACGGGCAGUACAGUCAUUCAAGAGGAGGAAUAUUCAUGUAGUCCGUGUUUCUGCAGGUGAUGAACAUGCAGUGGCACUUGAUUCGAGUGGAUAUGUUUACACUUGGGGUAGGGGCUAUUGUGGAGCUCUGGGCCAUGGCGAUGAGAAUGACAAGACGAACCCAGAAUUAGUGGCUAGUCUGAAGGGCCAUCUUGCUGUGCAGGUUUGUGCAAGGAAAAGAAAAACUUUUGUUCUCACCGACAUGGGCUCUGUUUUUGCUUUUGGAUCGAUGGGUUUUGGGAGUUUAGGCUUUUCUGAUCGCAGAAGCUCAGACAAAGUUAUGAAGCCCUGGAUCCUCGAUAGCCUCCGGUCCCACUACAUCUCUCAGAUUAGCACUGGCCUGUAUCACACUGUUGCGGUCACCAACAGAGGUCUGGUGUUUGGGUUUGGGGACAAUGAACGAGCACAGCUUGGGCAUGAGUGGAUAAGAGGCUGCCUAAAACCAACAGAAAUUAUGGUUCAGAGGACAGUAGAUGAUAUUGCUAUUGCAGCAAAAAGUGGGUGAGAAUAGAAGAUGCAUUUGACCCAAAUGAAGUGUGCAUGUUGUAGUAUUAGUUCUGUUUACUAUCCUUUUGUUUAGCUUGUAAGGAACUUGUAAUUAUCUUGGAUCAUAUUUCAUUAUCCAUGUAGUUUGAUGUGAAAGUCAAGCUGACAGUUAUUCUUGUAGUUAAAGAACAGUAUUGCUAGUUGCGGAUUGUGUCCAAGUAUCAAAGAAAAUUGCAGCAUGUUUCUGUUUAAUCCUAAGAUGUUUUAGUGUCUGAUCUUUUCU